AUGGUAAAGGCGCAAAAACAACAGCAGAACGAGAUCAGACGGGAUGACGGAGAACUUUGGACGAAGAUUCGAAUUCUGGAUGUGUCAGAAGAGAACAGAGUAGGUGGCAGGAAGUGGAACAUACAGCUGUCUUCUCUCUUUGCGCAGAUGCGCGUAUGGUUGUGAUGGUUCCUCGUCUGGUCAAGAUGGUGGGAGACUUGGGAGAAGAAAUUUAUGCCCUGAUGUCGCCGCAGGGAAGUGUGGGAAUGGAAGGGGUCGAUAAGGCUAUGAAUCACGUAGCCCGCGUCCGUCCAAUUGUAGAGAGGAAACAAAACUUCGGAGUUAUUAAGCGAGAACAAGGCUCUACCACUAGUAGAAAUGGGCUUUGA